AUGUAAAUUGAUAAAAAUGAAGUUUAAGAAUAUUGUAAAAAGAUUGAUGUUAAACAUUUCUUUACUUUUGCUAGAUUAGAAUUUAUGAUAUGUUUAAAUCUUAAGUGGGAAGUAAUACUUAUAUAUUUGAUCAUAGACAUCUCAAUCAAAGCAUAAGAAAAUAAAGGCAAAAACAAAUAUAGGAUUAAAAAUUAAAAAUGUUAAAGACACUCCGAAAUCUAAUAUUAAAAAUGAAGCAAGCUUCUGA